AUGUCUAUGUCUGCCCAAGCUUACACUCUGGAACGCAGCGUAGCGCUGAGCGCCGUCACCCGCGCUUCUUCCCUCACUUCGCGCGUAUUCGCAUCCUUGGUGUCCAAGUCCGACCCCUCCUCAGCCUCCGUGACGAAAUCCGAUGCUUCUCCAGUCACAGUCGGGGAUUACGCAGCUCAAGCAGUAGUGAACAUUGUGCUCGGGGCUUAUUUCCCGGAUGAUCCCAUUGUUGGCGAAGAGGAUGCAGCGCAUCUGAGAAAACCUGAGAGCGAGACGCUCAAGAGACAAGUGGUGCAGCUCGUCAAUGAGGCCUUGGCGCUCGAGGAGAAGGAGGUCGUCGCGCAGCAGAAGAAGAGUUGGGGCGAUGGACCGGUGUCGGAUGAACAGGUUCUGGCCGCUUUGGACCGCGGAAACCACCAAGGAGGCAACAAGGGCCGUAAGUGGAAGAGGCGCCGGCUGCGACUGGCCCUCGCAACGGCAACGCUCACAUCCCUCUGCUCACUGUCAGGCAUGUGGGCGCUGGACCCCAUCGACGGCACCAAAGGUUUCCUGCGAGGCGGGCAGUAUGCCGUUUGUCUAGGGUUUUUGGUGGAUGGAGAGGUUCAAGUUGGCGUGAUGGGCUGUCCCAACCUGCCACUGGAUCCCAAGGAUGGUCUGCCAAAGGAAGGAGAUGCAGCGUCCAACUCGCGUUCCGAUCUCGGUGUAGCAUUCAUUGCUGUUCGCGGACAAGGAGCUUCUCAAAGAUCUCUAUCCUCAUCUGGCAAGGAACAAUCCAUCUCGAUGAGACAAUUCACCAGCGACGGUCUCAAGGACGCAUCUUUUUGCGAAUCCGUAGAGGCAGGCCACUCGUCGCACGGCACCAACAAGCGGAUAGCAGAACUGCUGGGCAUCACAAAGGAGUCGGUCAGGAUGGAUUCGCAGGCCAAGUAUGCCAGCGUAUCUCGAGGCGAUGGGGACAUCUACCUCAGAUUGCCCGUGGGCGACGGUAGCUACCAGGAAAAGAUUUGGGUGAGUAGUUGCGCAGUAUGUCUGUGAUCUUGCGCGCAUCAUGUGCGCAGCCGCUACAUCAGAGUGAAUGCUGAUACGCAUGUCUGCGUCCUUCAUUCCUUCAGGACCACGCGUCAGGCUCAUUGUUGGUGCACGAAGCAGGCGGCAUCGUUUCCGAUUGCAGAGGUAAACCCUUGGACUUUGGACAGGGCAGAACUUUGAAGUUGAACAGGGGCGUCAUUGCUGCACCGAAGGGAGUGCAUGCGGAGGUGAUUCGAGCCGUCGGUAAAGCGCUGGAGGAGGAAGGUCGAGGUCACUUGUAG